AUGCGACACCCCGCGCAACGCCUCCACUUCUGUUCGAGCACCAACACGCUCCUCGUCGCGCUCGGCGGCACCCUGCAGUGCUUCUCCGGCACCACCGGCGCCCUGAUGACGUCGUGGAGCGCGCCGCAGCUCGCGGUGCGUACCACGAAGGAGAAGCGUGCGCAGGAGGAGCAGGAGAAGAAGGCGCAAGAGGAGGGGGAGGAGAAGAAGGCACGAGAGGAGGAGUGGAAGAAGGACGAGGAGGGGAAGAAGGAGAGCUCGCCGAGCAAGAAGCGCAAAGUCAACACGGCGGAGGAGGAGCCGGCCUGGGUGCGGACAUCGAUGCUGGGCGUGGGUGCGCCGCGCGGUGACGGCGAGGGCACGGGCAACAGCAUCACGAGGAUGCUGGCAGUGCAGGGAGGGAAGUAUCUUGUUGUCGUGACGAACGAGGACAAGACGCUGCGGGUGUUUGAGAUUGCGGCGGGCGGCGCGGAGUUGAAGGUUCUGAGUGAGCGCGCAAUGCCCAAGCGCCUCUGCGCAAUCGCCACGGCCGACUCUGAGAGCACAAUUCUCCUCGCCGACAAGUUCGGCGAUGUCUACUCCGUCCCACUUCUCCCGGCGCCCGAAGAGCUCGCUGCCCUCACCACUCCCGCCGCCGCCUCCGCCGUCGCCCCCACUGCAGCACAGCUCGCAAAAGCAGAGCGCGACCGCCUCGCCGCCGAGAAGCGCAAGCGCACCGAGAUCUCCCUCGACCUCCCCUUCACGCACACGCUCCUCCUCGGCCACGUCUCCAUGCUCAUCGACAUCGUCUCCGUGACUGUUCCAGGCCCACAAGACGCCAAGCCGCGCACCUAUGUCCUUACCGCAGACAGGGACGAGCACAUCCGUGUCUCGCGGUACCCGCAGGGCCACGUUAUCGAGGGCUUCUGUCUCGGACACGAGAGCUUCGUAAGCAAGCUGCUGAUCCCCACCUGGGACGCAACUACACUCGUGUCGGGCGGCGGCGACGACUUCCUCCUGCUGUGGGACUGGCGCUCCGGGAAAGCGCUACAGCGGGUCGACGUCGGGGAUUUAGUCGCGGGCGUCGUCGGCCGCAAGGUUGCGGGCGGGAAACUAGACCAGGGCGAGGCCUCGGCCGACAAGGCGUUCAAAGUGACCGUCGUGGGCCUCUGGGAGGUCCCAUCGCUGCGGCAGGUGCUGGUUGUGUUCGAGAGUGUAUCGGCCAUCUUCGUCUUCACGCACGACGAGACCACUGGCAAUCUUGCCCACACCACCACCAUCGCGCUCACCGGGCACCCGCUCGACCUUGCGGUCGAUCCUGCUGGUCCCGCAUUCUGGGUUUCUGUUGUCCCGGUGACCGUAGAAGGACCGACUAUCGAGCAAUUCACGCACUCUGGUUCGCAGCAGUGGGCCAGCACAGGCUCCUCCGAGGCACUGGCGGCCAUUGCGGCGGAGACGGCGAAGGUUGGGUUCGCGGGCGACGAGAAGGUGCUGAAUGAGGGGCUGCUGUAUGCGGUCGGGCUGCUGAGGAAGGGGACGGGAAGGCCGGAGCGGGAGGAGUAA